AUGAUGGAAAACUUCCCCACUAACAACUCCGGUAUCGCAAACAAAACGCUUAACGACGGUUUAUGUCAUCGCUACACCGCAUUCGAAAAUGAAAACACUCCACAUCUCCUCAUCGUCCUCAAUUCCACUGUGAACAUUAUCCUAAUGAUAGUAUCGAUCACAGCAAACAGCUUGGUGAUAGCAGCAGUGUGGAAAACGCCUUCCUUACGGUAUCCUUCAAAUUUAUUUCUUUGUAAUCUGGCAUUGUCUGAUGUUAUUGUUGGUUUGAUCGUAGAGCCAUUUUAUCUCACCGUAGAAUUGUUAAAAAUGCAUGGUUACCCAAAAGGGGAUGAUUGUACAUUGGAAACGGCAUUUUCAGUGAUUGCAUUCCUAGUUUGUGGCGUUUCGUUUGGAAACGUGACUCUUGUAAGCAUGGAUAGAUACAUGGCAAUCCACUAUCCACUGAGGUAUGACACCAUUGUUACUAUCCCGCGGGUAUACGUUCUCAUAAUUUCGUGUUGGGUUCUCAACGCUUUUUUUUCUACUAUUUUUCCGUGGAAUGAAGUCGUUUUUGGGUAUAUGGUGACAGUUGUUUGCGCAAUAUUCCUGACAAUGUCAACAUUUAUCCAUAUCAAGAUCUACCGAAUCGUCCGCCGCCAUAGAGGUGUGAUUCAAGCUCAAGAACAGGCAGUCCAUUCGACCAACACGGAGUUUAAUAUGACGGGUUUUAAAAAAACUGCCUUAGACACGUCCAUUGUGCUCUUUUUCUUACUGAUAUGUUACCUGCCUUUCACUGUAGCCUGCAUUCUACUAAUUUUGACAGACGAGUCACCUAUCCUUUGGAGAGUAGCUUCCACAACAGUGUAUUUAAACUCAGCACUCAAUCCGUUUCUUUAUUGUUGGCGACUCUCAGCUUUGAGAGGUCCGGUUAUAACUCUGCUUAAGAAGAUUUUCUGCCCUUUUACAACCUCCUCAUCAUGUAUUUUUGGCAACUAG